CUUUGCUUUGCCUUGGCCUUCCUAUGCGGGACGGCGGCGGCGGCGGGGGGAGCGGGGGCGCUGCUACCGGUCGUAAAACUACGGUGGCAGCAGCCCGAAGAUGGCUGAGUCCCCGGAGGAGGUGGCCGUGCUGGUGCAGCGGGUGGUGAAGGACAUCAACAGCGCCUUCAAGCGCAACCCGCACAUAGAUGAAAUUGGAUUAAUCCCCUGCCCUGAAGCCAGAUAUAAUCGAAGCCCAAUAGUUCUGGUUGAAAACAAACUUGGAGUGGAAAGCUGGUGUGUCAAAUUUCUUUUGCCCUAUGUCCAUAACAAGCUUCUUCACUACAAACUAAGAAAGCAGUGGCUCAACAAAGAAGAGUUGAUAGAUAUCACAUGUACCUUGUUGUUGCUGAACCCAGAUUUCACCACUGCAUGGAAUGUAAGAAAAGAAUUGAUAUUGUCUGGCACUUUAAACCCCAUUAAAGACUUACAUCUUGGGAAAUUGGCACUAACCAAGUUUCCGAAAAGUCCAGAAACCUGGAUUCAUAGACGAUGGGUUCUGCAACAUUUAAUCCAGGAAAACUCCUUGCCCACUCUUGUGACUAAAGGGAAUUUAGAAGCUUUACCCACGGAAAAAACACAGCGGCUGGUGAAAGAAGAAAUGGAUGUUUGUUGUGACGCUGCUGGACGAUAUCCAAGUAAUUAUAAUGCCUGGUCCCAUCGUAUCUGGGUGUUACAAAAUUUGGCAAAGCUCAAUACAAAGAUUCUCCUUGAUGAACUUUCUUCCACUAAACACUGGGUCUCCAUACAUGUUUCAGACCAUAGUGGAUUCCACUACCGUCAGUUUCUAUUAAAAUCUUUGAUUGUCAGAACUGGGACUGAUUGUAUUAUAAAGUUAUGUGAUCACCCAACCAAUCAACAAACAUCCUGUUUUCCAAAAGAUGAAGCAGAUGAAGGUGCAGAAGCUUUUUGCGUGGAAAAGCAACAGCCAGAUCACUCGCUGUAUCUGAAAGAGGAAAUAGAGCUCUGCACUGAUUUAAUUAACACUUAUCCAGGGCAUGAAACAUUGUGGUAUCACAGACGUCAAGUCUUCUACCUUCAAAACCACUUAAAGAAGUGUCCAGUUCCAAACAUUUGGUCAUCAGCUUCAAACAAUAGUGAUGGAACAGUUAAUAAUUCACAUCCUCAUGUUACAACUGGCCAUACCACACAAGCCAUGGAUAUUGACGGCUUAACGGAAUGCAACAAACAAGGCUACAGUCAAGAAACCAAACGCCUGAAGCGGGCUCCUAUGCAGGACUGUAUCAACAUGGAAGAAGAAUAUAAGUUCAUCGAUCACGUUUUGUCUACGUGUAGGGAGGAGGAUCAGGCAAGGUUUGCAAGUUCAUACAGAAAAUGGCUAGUUUCUUUUCUAGGCCAGUGAAGAUCUUUAAAAACUCUUUAGGGUCUUUGUUUAGUGCAAUAUCCUCUUUACAGACAGGUGUACUUAGGACCCCUGGCACUUUUCACCCUUCUGUUAUUCCUGCCACUGCUAAACUUCAUUUACUGAUGUUGGGUUUAGUUCUAUUUAUAUUUUUAAAAGCCACUUUGUGUUAAUUUUUAUGGAUCUUUGUAGGAUAGCCCCACCUAAAAAGGAACUGUUUAGUGUUAGUAUAAAUUAAGUGCAAAUUUUAAAGUCACUAACUGGAGUAAUACGAAAACAGAAAGAUAUAUCUACUGGUGAACAAUGAUUUCAUUCCUAAAUACCUCGUCCAUAAUAAAUACACCUAAUCAAACUCAUUGGUCAGUGAAAACAAUGGAAAAUCAUUCAGCAUGACAAUGUCAAAAUGGUUUUGAGUACAAGUCUUCAUCUUAUAAUUGCAUUGCAUCACUGCUCUUCUGAACUCUUUAUUUCACAUUUGAAUUGCUCUGAUAAUCUUACAGUCCAAUGACUUUUUAUUAUUAUAGUGAAAGUGGGAUAUGCUUAUGUGAAAUUGGAUAGUUUUGUAAAAAAAAAAAAAAGUCCACUAAACUAAAACUAACUAGUUCAAUAUAAGAACACUUGUUAUUUAGGGUUUUUUCUGGCUUUUGUGAAUUUGGAGGCUUUCAUGAAUUUUAAGGUUGGAAGAUAUGGAAAUAUAAGAUCAUGACCAAGGAACAAACUUCUAUCUACUCUUAUCCCCACCUGCAAUUUUCUUGGCACAUGCAAAUUUUUCCAUUCCUAAAAUACAAAAAAUGUUUCAUACUUGGAUUUUAUUGUAUGUGAUGAUAUAUAUGAUAGAUACAGGGUAUGUUAGACAAUGCUGACCAUCAAUGUUAUCUUUGUAAUGAUGUUUCACUUAAAGGACAAUCUAUCAUGCACUGGGGCUCAUUCAUCUUUCAUUUAUUGCAACAGGGCCAUGUAUGGCUCCUUUGCAAGACCCAUUUAAAUCACUUGAGGAAGUACAGUGCUCAACAAAAUGAGGUGCUUGUUUGAGUUUUCUUCAGGUUAUCCACGUAAAUGCGGACAGGAAAGAAGAAAAUGCAGAGGCAAGCAGGUUGUUCAUGAUGGGGGAGACAAUUUCUUCGGUGCUUCAGCUGGACUGAGUUUGUGUAGGCUUUUGAAGAGACUAAUGGAAUAUGACUUGAAAUCCAUUUUUGCUUUAUUUAUUUGUAGUUUUCAGCUGAAAUUCAAGUUAGAUUUGCUGCAGUUACAUAGAGGCAAUUGUAGCUAUUCAGUUUGGCUGCCCUUUCAUUAUAGAAUAAAGUAAAAUUCUAUCUUUAAAUUUGCAUUUGUACUUCCCAGGGAAAGCACAUGGGAUUUUAUACGCAAUAAAAUCAAAUUCCAAGUCUGAAAUUAAAUUGCAGAGUAUUUCUGUAUUUUAACCUUUGCUUAUAGCUUGCAAAAUACAGAGGGUAUGUUUGCAGGGUUUACAGAAAUGUAACCAGAAUGACUGAAGAAAAGUAUAAUUUUAAGAUUCAGAGAAAUAACAGAUGAACAAUUCCAUUAGAAAUGGAAGAACAAACAAGAACCUGCCUUUUACAGCCCUAACUGCAUAAUAUUGAGGGCCUGUUGCAAGCAAACUGGAAGUUAAAUAAAUAAGCAUAGCAAACAUGUUUUCUGAAAAGUGGGGUUGUCUAGAAAUACAAAUUCACACAGAAACAUGACAAGCAUCUCUAAACGCUAUACGCGGUAUUUAUUUAGAGUAUAGAUGAAAAUUUCUGAAGUUGGAUUAAUUGAGAAUCCAUUUGUGAACACUAAUUUGACUGGUUCCUUUGAAGUCUCAGAAUAGGAAAAAUAGCAUACAAGAAUCACAUAUAUUUAACUAUGCCUCUGGGCACUAGUGCUUAUUACCAUACAUUAAAGGCACCUAGCAGGGUUCUGCGCUACUAAAUAGCAAUAUAUUAAGCACUUAGCAUGUCAGAAGUCAAAAUACUGAGACCUAAUAACUCAACCAUGACGCUAGUGAGGAAACACCUGACCACCUUAUCCAAUACCAAGUGUUUCUUCAUAAAAUUUGUUAAUUGUAUCAAUACACACUACAAGCACCACAGAAUAUAAUCUGUGGAUGGUGUUAAGAAUUCAGGAAGUGUUACAAUGCAAUUCAAGUUGGCUCUGAAAAUGAGGCACAAAGUGCCUCCACUAGAAGGAUUCUAGAGGAUUCAUUAUUUUAUUAAUCUCACAUCCUAAAUUUUGUUGAUCUGCAAAUAAGCCAACAAACUAGUAUAGCUAACGGAGUAAUUUAAAUUUGGCUUAAAAUGAACUAAAGAAAAGUUAAGCUGUUCCACAUUCACUCUUAUGUCAUGGACAAUGCUGACCUCGACUAAUUGCAAGUAGUCUGAGUUCAGUAGAACUCUAAACAAGUAAUCUAAUUCUCCCCUAUUCACACUUACAUAUUUAAAGGUUAACACCUUCCCCCUCCGCCCCCCAAAUGACUGGUGUUGGAAUACACACAGUUUAAUCAGUCUCUUUUCAGCUCAUUAGGCUAUUUUGCUCACUUGUAAUUGACUGCUCCUUUGCUGUUUGCUAGAUUGCAUCACAUUUGAACUGGUACAUUUUUACUUAUUCUUAUAUAAUUGAUAAGAGCCUAUGCUAUCUUUCCUAAAUGUAAGCUACAGAUGUUUGUGGAUAUCAUGGGGUACUUCAAAAAUUACAAUCCCUUUUAAAAAAGGGGUUCCCAACUCCCAGUCCCUGGCCCAGUACUGGUUGGGAACCAGCCCGCACAAGCGGCAGGCGAGUAUGUGAAACUCCAUUAGUGCAAGCAGCAGGUGAAUGUGUGAAACCAUCCCCUUACCCCUCUCCCCACUACACUGGUGAGCUGGAAAGGUUAGGGACCGCUGCUUUAAAAUAGUAAAUUAGGAGAUCAACAUAAGCAAACAAAACCUAUAAGUACAUUAUUAUUUGUGAAUUGAUCUAAAAAUUAACUCUUCAUCUCCGAUACCUACUCAGUAUCUUUGGAUGACAGUUGUACCACAGAUACCAUUGAGAUAGUUGAACUUUUACUAGCCUUUAUAUCAUUUUUUCCCAGUUUCAGUCUUGUUUUGAUACUGUUUGCAUCAUACUAAACAUCUGCUAAACAUUAUUUUGCUUUUAACUCUGAACUGUGAAAGCAGAAUGUCUUCUAUGAGUAUAGGUAAAGUACAGGUAGUUCUUGACUUACAACCAUUCGUUCAGUAACUGUUCAAAGUUACAGUGGCAUGGAAAAAAGUGACCGAUGACUGUUUUUCAAAUUUUGACAUUGUUGCAGCAACCCUGUGAUUGCAUGACCAAAAUUCGGCCACUUUACAACUGGCAUGUAUUUAUGACGACUGCAGUGUCCCAGGGUCAUGUGAUCCCCUUUUGCCACCUUCUGACAAGCAAAGUCAAUGAGGAAGCCAGCCUCACUGAACUGUGUUACUAACUUAACAACUGCAGUGAUUCAUUUAACAACAAUGGAAAGAAAGAUCAUAAAAUGGAGCAAAAUUAACUUAACAACUGUCUCUUUUAGCAAUAGAAAUUUUGGGCUCAAUUGUCAUAAAUCAAGGACUAUCUGUAUUUCUCAGUAGGGGUAAAUAGGCUUGUCUUAAUGAAUAAAGAAUUGAAAGGUUUGACUAUUUCAAAAGCUUUCUUGAUAGCUUUCUUACAUUAUUGCCCCCCCCCCUUAUUGCUUUACAUUAAGUGGCUAAGACUCUGAGCUUAUGGAUCAAAAGGUCGGCAGUUCAGUGGUUCGAAUCCCUAAUGUCGCAUAAUGGGGUAAGCUCCCGUUGUCCCAGCUUCUGUCAACCUAGCAUUUUGAAAGCACAUAAAAAUGCAAGUAGAAAAAUAGGGACCACCUUUGGUGGGAAGGUAACGUGUGCCUUUGGCAUUUAGUCAUGGCGGCCACAUGACCACAGAGAUGUCUUCGGACAGCGCUGGCUCUUCGGCUUUGAAACGGAGAGGAGCAUCACCCCCUAGAGUCAGGAACAACUAGCACAUAUAUGUGAGGGGAACCUUUACCUUUAAUGUUCAUCAUAGGUAGAAAAUGAUGCUGAUCCUUUUAAUAAGGUCUGCAUGUUUGUAACCAACACCAACAGAAGCCAUUGAUUUUCAGCUUUAUGUUUGCAGCAGUGGUUGAUCUGUUUUUCCCUGCUUAUUACAACUGACAGAGUGUAUAUACAUUGUUUUUAAAUACAUUUUGUUUUAAUGAAAGAAUAAAAGGAGAAUUUAAGCAAUCUACUUAAGUUAUUAUGAGACAUACUGUUAGCUCUAUGUAGAAAACAUCAGAAAAAUAUCAGAAAAAUUAUACUUUAUUAUUAUUAAUUCACCUUAUACCUUAUAUCUGCUUUAAACCUGCAGUUCAUUACCUCUCUAUAUCUUAUCUGGAAUAUUAUUUGCAUAAUAAUGCAGUUUGUAACUCUUCUAAGAAAAUAAAGUUGUCUGCCAGUAUUAGAAAAUGACUGGCUGUUAGUGUACAGUUAAAUCUAAUAGCCUGGUUUGGAAAGUUAUUCAGUGGUUUCCAUUGAAAAUAGUAGCAUUUUUCGAGAAUAUCAACUAAAAAAGAAGUAUAUCACUUCCAUUCUUAGUUAUUCUGGAUAUAAUUGAACCUGAAUUUUACAAUCAUUUUGAACGGCAGAACUUAGACUGCCAACUUUUAUUUGUCCUAGGUGUUUCAAAUGAAAAAUGGAUGUGAAUUGUACAUGCACCUAUAGACCAGUGUUUCUGAGGCUUGGCAACUUUAAAGGUGUGGAUUUCAACACCCAGAAUUCUUCCUUUUUUAAAAAGUUGCCAAGCUUGAGCAACACUUACCUAGAUACAUUCCCUCAAAUGAUAGAGUUUCUGUUGGAUUUUAAAUGCUUUUUGAUAAAAGCAUUUAGAGUAGUGGGGCAUCCAUUACUCUAAAAUGUUUUGAGGCAGCUUUUAUUGAACAAAGCCAGUACUCGUUGAUAAACGUUUUUCUCUCUUGCUGUGUUUAAUUUGUUGUGUCCUAAGUUGUUUCCUUCUUAAAGAGUAUGGUGGUACCAUGGGGAAAGUUGUCUCUUAUAGGUAACACUUGACUACCUCCCAAAAAACAGGGAUAAGGCCAUCUCUUCAGAUGAGCUUCUUUUUAUGUAGAACCUCGUCCUUGGGGUUGAAAAAGUGAGAACUGUAGGAAGCCUAUCUGAUAUCUUAGGAAGCACUUGUUUCAAAUAGUUUUCUAAGUCAAAAAAUUUCAGUGCCUAGACUUCAUUUUUCCAUUUCCAUAAACUGAGCGCUCCGCUGUUGUCAAAAGAAGGAAAUGACCACAUGUGGUCAGUUAAUGCUUUCAUUAGAUAGUAAAGUCAGUAGUGAAAAUGGAUUCUUCCCUGUGAUUUCUAACUCAUAAUGCUAAUUUUACUCAGGGCAUAGGUUAACUAGUGCAUUAAAUACUUUUUACCAUUAUGUCGUCUACUGUUGUAAAUUCUUAGAUGCCUAAAAAUGGUAUUUUAUCAGUCUAGCUUUCUACCUUAUUUUAAAAAUGGCUUUUUAAAAAUGGGUUUUUUAAAAAAAUUGUGUGGCUCUUCUUCAGUUUUCUUUGUGUUUGAAACAAGUUAUUUUGUCUUUUAAAUCAAAAUAGCUAUGGGCUCCAUCUUAGGUUAAGUACCAGUCUCUUUGUACUGGACGGUUCCUGAAAUGAAGAGGUGAAAUUAUGUUUUACUUAACAGCACAAAUUAUUAAUUUCUUCUCUCAAUAUGACAUCUGAGCAUGUCUUCUAAUACCAAGGAUAUGAAUCUAGUAUAGAUCCAAUAUUAUGUGAUUAGAGAUAUUAUACUCUUAAGAUGCAAAUCUUAGCAAUUAGGUUGAUAUUUGUGUAUAUUUAAUAGAACCAAUUAUUAGGAAUAUACUUUUUAACAUGGGGCAAACUCCAAUGAAACUUAAAUGCAUAUGUUAAUUAAUAUUUACUCUGAUGUAAAACACACUGUCUUUAGUAAGUUUACUCCCAGAUAAAUAUACAUAGAAUUGCAUCUUAGGGCACAUUUAAAUCCCAUUUAUUACUAUGCUCUCUGAAAGUAAGGCUUUAAGAGUGCUAAAUAUUCAUACAUACACAGAAAUAAAUCCCACUGUGUACUACCAGGUCUUUGUAUAGAACAGUACUGUAUUACUUUUUAAAUUGGUUAGACUUACAUUUUGAAAUGUGUGGAAAGUAUUCAGAGCUAAAUGUGGAAUUAAACAUAAGAGGAAUUAAACACAAUAGUGUAUAACAAUGUGCUUUUAAAAAGCUUGUUUAUUUCCACUAUACUGAAUGUAGCUUACAUAAGUAACUUUAAACAUGAGUGAAUUAAAUGUUUUUUUAUUCAUUUCUUCGAAACCUUAGAAGCUUUUCUGGAAUUAUUUUGUUGGAUUUUUUUUUUUACUUUAUGAAAGUAAAGUUUCCUGCCUUGGUGCAAUUUCAGCAUAAAUUUUCCAGUAAAACUGCUUUCAGUUUAUAUGUUCUGUUGCUCCAAAGUAAUCAAGUAGAUUAAUACUGAUAGGAGCAUUUCAUAUUAAACAGAACAAAGCAAAGCUGUAGCCCAUACAAUAUUUGCUUCCCACUAUGUAAAUUGAGUUGUGGUGAACCAUGAAUUUGCUUGUAAGUCCUUUUUCAUGAGGUUAGAAGCUUUCCCUUUCAACUUCAAAUAAACCACAAUCCUCCACAAUGUUCAGAUGUGUGCAUAGUUCUCCCUGUGUAUAUGUUUCAUGUAUUCUCAUUCUGAUUUCUUCCUAGCGCUAAUUUAAGCACAUUGUGUCAGUCUCUCCCUUCGGCAAGGGAGCAAUCCCGGUGCUUUUUGCUAUCUCGUGAAAUACUUUGUUUUCAAUUACAUCUGAAUCAUGCUUUUUAAUUCUUCAGUAGUGAUGUGGGAAUGCAUCCUGCCAUUUUCCUCUAAAUUGAGGGUGGCAGCUUUAAGACUUGUGGCAACUUUAAGACUUGUGGACUUCAACUCCCAGAAUUCCCUAGCCAGCCUUGUUAAAUCCACAGGUCUUAAAGUACCAAUGUUGGACACCCCUGGUUUAUAUAAUACAUUUUUAAUUCAUUGGAAAAAAAUGACCAAAUGAAAUUGUGUGCUUAGCACCAAAAAUAAAAAUCUAAAUAGCUUGUUCUGUUGUUCAGAUGUAAAGAAGGAAUUGGUCUUCUAGCUUUUGCAUUGUAUUGCAAUAAAUGGUAACAAUGGUUAGUAAAUUACUUGCAGCAUAUUAAUUUCAAUUUAAUUCAAAACACUACAGUUUAAUGCUCUGAAUUUGUUCUGCAUUGCACUAGCAAUUAAUAAGUUAAAAUCUUUCCAUUUUGAUAUAGAAUAAAGCAAUAACUAUAUCAAUGAAGUUGUUGAUUUAUCUGCAGAUGUUCUAAUUGAUAUCAAUUUGUUAAUGGCUGUUACAUGAUUCUAACAUCUGCCAAAUUUGCAUUCAGCAAAAAUGUAAGUGAAAAUUAUAAUUCACUCUUAGAGUCCCUGUUUACAUGUGCAUUCUUAAAUUGCUGGGGAAGGAUUUGUGUAUGUAUUCAUUUGAUUUUAUGCUACCCUUAUUGUACAUUACACUAAAACUGUUGGAUAGUACCGAUUAGGUAGAAUAAAUUAAGUAAAUAUUAAGUAGAUUGUUUCUCUGCAUAGAUACAUCCUGGAAUUCCACUGGUUUGCCCUUAAGGAAAAAUAAUAUAUCUUGAGUAUAGAGCAGAACACUAGCUAAAAUGUUAAUUUGAGUUAUAGCUCCUCCUUCAACCAACUAUUUAUGAUGUUCUUUGAAUGGCUUCAAACACAUUACGUUGAGGAAAUGUGUAAAAAAUUUUUUUUCCAGCAAACUCAUUCUAAAGUUUUAAUCAGCUGACAUACACAUGCUUGCUCAGUGUUUCCUGACAGUAAUUGUGAUAGCUUUACAAUACUUGAUCAGUCUGAAUAGUUGACUGAGUUUAGGAGUAGCUUGCAAUCUUUUCAGGUUAAUGAUUAAGCCACAUUAUAAAAGAAAAAGUAGAAGACAUACAAAUAUUCUUGACAAACAAACCCUUAGAGUCAUAGUAGUUUUGAGGCAAUGAAGAAUGUACUUGGACAGGCUUGGCCUCUUUCUAUGCUGCACUUCAUUUGUAGUAUUGUUAUUAGUAGCUAAUCUCAGCUAUAUUUAUAUAUUUUUAAAUAUAAGUACUUCCUACUUAAAAUAUAGACAAAAGGAUUUAGAACAGUAAUGGACACCUUGAAAAAGGAUUUUCUUAAAAAAAAUGUACAGUUUAAACCAAGGGUGUCCAACUUUGGCAACUUUAAAACCUGAGGACUUCAACUCCCAGAAUUCUUCAGCCAGCAUUCUUAGAAUUCUGGGAAUUAGAGUUGACAAAGUUGAACACCCCUGGUUAAAAAUGACGUUUUUUUCUUUUAGGAUGACUCACUAAAGAAACAGAACAAUCUGAACAGUUUGAAUAAACCACAGAAUUCAGCUUUUUGAUUUUGUCCCCAGCUUAGAUUUUUGUUAUUUCCUACAGAAAAAUAAGGCAAAUAUGCCAAACUGCUUCACUGAAAGAUCCAUUUCUGAUGCAAAAAUAUGGUUUGUAUUAUUAUUGGCCUCAGUAUUAAAUCAAAGGCAGUGAAACUAUGAUGAUGUGAUGCAGUACAAAUGUAAACCUUUUUUAUGCUACAGUAUUGCUUAGUAGAAGACUUUGUAAUACUUUUGUGUGUAAUUUCUUUGAUUUUGUCAUUUUCAAACAACACGGUACCUAUUUUGGUGCAAUAAAAUGUCCUUUAUAGCUGCUUUCAUUGUUUUUAAUUGCUGCUAUAAUUUAGUACUGUAACUACUUAGGAACCCUUAGUCUUUCCAUAUUCAUUAUCAUUGGUAUCCCUUCUUUCUUUAUAGAUUUGGCAUCUUUUACUUUGCAAAUUGAUGCUUAAUUUUGUGAUUUUAUUAAAUUCUGUGUGGAUCUGGAGAAGAGUUGGAAAUGUUAUUCUGCUUAAGAUUGUAUUAGCUGGUUGUCACAGUAAAAAUGGAUGACAACUACUGAUGUCCGACUUUGGCUUUGGAUUUAUGUAUGUUAAAUGAAUUCUUUUUUUUUCUGAUUAUAUCAAACUUCAGAUUACAGACUGAUGCUUGGGGUUCUUUCCAUCCAAAUAUCUUCCAGUUCUAAUAAGUAAAAUCACAAUAGUGACAAAGGCAUUGAGCAGCAAAGUGAAUUUUUCACUAUUUAUCAUUUACAUUUGGGUGUUUAUGGGGAUUUUGUAUGUGUUUAUAUAGAAUGUUCUAGUACUAAGCACAGUGUAAGUUAUUGUAUUAGUGUAUAAAAAGAAAAAAUAGUGUACUUUUUCUGGUUAAAUAUAGGCAGUUUUUAAAUAAAAUUUUCUCCUAGAAUCUCAGUCUUCCUCUUUCAUUUUUUCAUAUACUAAAAACAUUGUUUUUUUAGAUUUCCACCUGCUAUUCAUAUCUUUAGAUCAGAAAUGUACAACUUUGGCAACUUUAAGACUUGUGGGUUUCAAUUCCCCCAAAUUCCCCAGUCAGCCAUGUUGGCCAUGGAAUUCUGGGAGCUGAAGUCCACAAGUCUUAAAGUUGCCAAGCUUGGACACUUCUGCUUUAGUUAUUAAAACUUAGUGCAAAUAUUUAACAUUGGCUCAUGAGAAUGACAAUUCUAUCGUUUAGGUGUAACGAAUGAUAUCGCUACAUUCCUGUAGGAGUCCAUUUGAAUGAAAGCAUUGAAAGCAAAUAUUAAAAACAAAUCCUAGAAGAAACAAACAGGGAUAUCGUCGCUCUUGCAUAUAUUAUAGAAUACACAGGAUUGUAUUAUAUUCCACGUGGCAGUUUCCUGAAUAGCAGCUAUCACUUAGAGAGUUUGAAGUACCAGGAGAUUUCAGUGUUGAAGGCUCCAUGCUUCUGGCAGCUGUCAUAUCAAAUAGGCAUUUGGACACUUCAGCACUCUAUUGUUAUUAUCAUUAUUAUUGAAUCCAUCUAUUUUCCUUGGCCCCAAAAAUCUGACAGGAAGUAGCCUGGAGGAGUCAGCAUGUUUGACAAGAAAUCAGAAGUGGGUCAUUUUUUAAUCAUGAAGUUUGAGAAAUUCCUUGCAGCAUAGAAAUUGCCAUAAUUGUGACAUCAAUAGUGUAUUUAUUUAUUGCAAGCACUUUUAUGCCUCCAAUCAGAAAGUAAAUUUAAAUGCAUCACACUUGUUACACAUUACAUCAUCCUUAAAAAGAAAAAAGACAAUCAUAAUGCCAGGUGUUUAACUUUCUCAGUUAUGUUCUGCUUGCAUAUCACACCCAGAAAUACUUACCCUGUUAAACAUUAAUUUCCUCUUAAGUAUGAAAACAAUAAUCAAAUGCAAUGCUAAAUAUUUCUAUCCUUGUCUAACAAUUUGUAAGAACAGGAACAAUAAAUAUGAAGCAGGUAAAAUAAGAAAAUGUUAAUAAAAUGUUUGAUUGACCUAUGCUCUCAAUUUGGCAUUGACUGUUAGCAGUGCAGAGAUAGAUUUUCUCCUAGACAAUGUGUCUUCACCCUGGUACUUUGAGUUUUCCAACUGUUCCCCCAUCAACAUUGUAACUGAGUUUGCAAUAGUCAACCUCUUCUCUUCAUUCUGCCUUUCCCAGCAUUACAGACCUUUCCAGAGGGUUUGGUCUUCACAUAAUGUAUUCAAAGUAUAAACUGAGCCUGUUCAUCUGUGCCUGUGGGUUGAUCAGUUCUAUCCAUUUUUUUCUGGAAUAUAAUAAAAUACCGCAUAUGAUUAUUUUAAAAGGCCUGGGAGAAUUAAAAUUAGGUAUUUUCCUAGCAUUCAAAGGAUAUCGAGAGUUGUGGAAAUGAAAAGGUAUGCUUGUCAAGAAGCCCUUGUCAUGGGCUUCUUGACAGUAUAUCACAGCUCAAAAUGUAUCCUGGAGAAGAGCUUCCAAAAAUGUCCACAUACAAAUCGCUUUAUAAGAAUAUUUGUCAACAAAAAACCUGGAAUUACCAUGAAAGAAAAAAGAGCUGUUCAGAUUUUGAACAACGAAAUUGAGUGAUAGGAUAAGGAAUAGAUUUUUAAUGAAACUAAGGUGGCUUAAUUUCCUUUAUGUAGAUGUAACAUAUUCUUUCUUUAGCACAGAAAGACUUUCUUUAGUCUUUCUUUGGACCUCAGGGACCACUAAAAUCAUAAUUUUAAAUCCCGCAGACCACUAAUAUAAAUUUUUUAAAAAGAUAAAUAGUAUAUAGCAAAAUAUAAAAAAAGGUAAAUAAUUUUUCUGUGGACCACCAACAUCCAUGGACCAUCAGUUGGUGACCACUGCUUUAGCUUAAUUGUAUACUGGUAAUGCAUUGAAAUAGAUGUUCAUGAGAAAUCAAUUAUGUUUUGCUAGAGCAAAAGACUAACAAUUAAAAAUAGUCUUAUAAGUAUUGAAAUACCUAGACAAUAGGCUGCACAACACUGAAAGAAUCGUACAGCUGUUGAGAGAAUCACAUUACUAGUUGUUAUCUACUGGUACACAGUUCAAGAUGCUGUACAAAAUUUUACUACUAGGUUUUAGCAGUUUAUCUGGAAGAGCCAGGAAUAUUUUAAAGGUACAGAUUACUAUCCCUGAAUAUUUAGCAUUUUCCUGGAUGUUACAAUUGUUCAUUUGCGAAUAUUUGCAAAUGACAAUUUUUAUAUUUGUUCAUUAAUCAGAAGAUACUGUAUCUGGUUACUAUAAGUAAAUUAUAAUCAAAGGUGAGUAGUAUAUAGAAAUAGGCCUACUCAUAGAUUAACUUGCAGAAGUAUUUCCGAUUCUCGGUUAUUUAAUAAUAGAUUAUUAUUCUUCCAUCACUCCCUAAAUUAUAUUGGUCAAAUGAAGACAGCUAGGUUAAUUGAAGCAGGAGAGUGGAUUUCAUUUAACGUCAGUACUAAAAAUCUUGAAUUAAUUGUUUUAAAUGGUAUGCAUAUAUAUUGGGUUAUAUUUCCACAUAUUUUUUAAAAACUCUUCACAUAAGAGUUGUUGAAUUGUGUAAUCACUUGGAGCAUGGGGUUCUAUCUAAAGAGGAGAAAUUAAAAAACAAAGAUCAGGUGCUUCAAUUUUUUUAAAAAAAUUAAAGCCUAAGUGGUUUAUUUGCACAAUAACCCAUAAAUAGAGUACUAAUAAAUUUAAACCAUCACAACCAUGGAUGACUGCUGCACUGCCCAAUAAAUGUUUUCCCCCACCAAUAGUGAUGUCUAAGAAAUGCAUUCAACUGAAUAUAAAUUAUUAUUUUUAAUGGAUUACCCAUAAAAGAACACUGCCCAGCUUUGCUUUUCACCCAAAUUUUUCUGCAUACAGUAUGCUUUGAGGGAAGAAAACAAACUGGAUAUUAUAUUGGGAAUGGGUGGGAGGAGAACAUAAUGUAGAACAGGGGUGUCAAACUAUAGGCCCAUGGGCCAGAUACUGCCUGUGGGGUGCUUAGAUCUGGCCUAUGGGACUGGCCUGGAAAUAUCAAAGGACCUCUGCCAGCCAAAAUGGGCCGGGGGGGAUCUGCCUUUCUCUGUUUUUAAAUUCAUUAUUCCAUGUACUGAAUAUUUCAAAAUCUUUACUUUUUGUGAUAUACUUUCAAGGAUUUGAGGAAUGCUACAGCAUCCACUUGGCCUUUUCUUCUCAAGGCUAAACUUUUUCAAUGUUUCUUCAUAGGACAGUUCCUAGACACACAAACACAUCCAUCAUCCUUGAUGAUCUUUUUAAAUAAGCUCCAGCAACAUUAUUCCGAAGCCUUUCUUAAAGUGUGGCUCUCAGAACUGGACGUAAUAUUCAGGAUGACCAAUGCAAGAUAAAAUGGAAAUAUGAUGUUCCAAGGAGUAAGAAAAGAAUUGAUGCAAUCUAACCUUCCCUUUGCCACAUUCAUUUGCUGCUUAAUAUUCAGUUCAUAAUAAGCUACAUCAAGUAAUGUUACCAAGUUAAUCAUUCCCACCCAUCCCACACCUGUAGUUUGAUUAUUGCUUCCUAUGUGGAGUUUACAAUAGUUUCUGCUAAUUUUUUUUCUGUUAUUUCCUAACCUAUCAAGACCACUUUAAAUGUAUGAUUGCUUUCUAGAGCAUUAGCUAUGCCCUGCAAUUUUCUGCCAUGUGAAAUCUAACCAGCGUUCUUCCGAUUCUUAGUGCAAAUCAUUAAUGAAAAAGAUUAAUGAAGUACAGGACGCAGGACCAAAUUUUAUGGCAACCUAGAUAAAUCAGUUUGAUGAGCAUCUAUGGAUAACACUCUGAAUACAAUUUUAAAUUGACCUUUUUGUCAGCUUCAUUAUCAUGUUAACUACGUCACACUUAAAUAGCUUGCUAACAAGGAUGUCAUGGCACAUUUUGUCCUGUGUUUUGCUGGAAUCAAGAUAUUUCUACCAUCAAAAUUACCCAAUCAAAACUUGAAUACGUUUUCUCUUCAGCCUUUUUGUCUCAGAUACUGACCUUUGCAGUAUUCAUUUCAAUUCCACUCUUCAACAUAUUCCUGUGACUACAAACAAAUCUCUAGAUAGUCCUACUAUUCCAGCCCUUCAUUUUCAUUCCAAAUAAUUUGAUUGCUUUUAUUUUUAAUUCCAUUUCUCCCGUUGGAGAUAACCUUUGUAACCAUCUUUUUAUUAUAGGCAUUUUUUUCAUUCAUAGCUUUUUUUACCUGCUUUAUUUCACUAGCAUCCAUUUUCAUACUACAUAUUAGCUGUUUCAAACAGCUUCCACAUCAGUAUUCUUCAUGUCUGUUUUAUCUUAUUACUAUUUUAUACAAUUUGCAUUGUAUAAAAUAUAUAAAAUAUACAAUUUUUUUGUAUUCCAAAAUAUUCCAGGGGGUUUUCCCUUCUUCUACCAUCAGUAAUUAUCUUUUUAAAAAAGAGAAUAGACCUUUGGUCAUGACCAUAAUUUGUUCCAUAACUUUGGUCACAAACCGAUUUGGUCAUGAUCCAAACCUGAUUUUGGAAAUUUGGUAUUUACCAAAAAAAAAAAAGGCAUGGAAAGGGAAAUAGGCCGCAAAAAAAAAAUGUGAAUUUUUUGGUCGGAAUCUAAUUUGGUCAUGGUUAGAAGAGUUCGUGACCAGAGGUUCCUCUGUACAUGACUUACAUUCUCGCUUCUUGCAGGUCAUUUCACUUUCACUUCUUGUUUCUUUUCUUCCAUGUCUUUUUUCCCCCUGAAAACCUCUUCUGACAUUAGCAAAAACUUAUCCCAAUCAAAGUCUCUCACCAUUCCUGUAGCCUUCAUUAAUUCUCACAAGCUUUCAUCAUAACAUGCGAAACAAUGGUGCUUAAACCACAUAUUUAAAAGUAACAUAUAUUUUUCUAAGCCAAUACUAACAAGCAAUCACUCUCUCCAUUCGUGGCUCUCUGAAUGUCCAGUUACUUUUUAUCUAUUCUCUCAUCUCAUUCCAUUCAUUUCAUUGCAUAGAAUAUUAUUCACCUGGAUUACAUUAAUUGAGAAUGUUAGAAUUUUUUUCAAAAAAGCCGUAACAUCUUAAAAAAGGUAGGAACCUACUAUGAUUAAUGUAUUUGCAAAUAACAUAAAAAGCAAUUUAGGAGAAGAGGGACCCUAAGAAAGAUGAAAUGCUUACACAGAACCAAGAUUAUACGUAUCUAUGAUUUUUUUAUUAAAAUUCAACACAAAGGUAGAACAAAUCAAAAAUUGGAUGAUAAAAUGAAUGCAGAAUUUUAAAGAAGUAAUUACAGGGCAACAAUGAGAAGAUUUAUGGAGAAAAAAAAUAAAAUUUACAACAAGCUACAGUCUGAGGGAUGAUGGGUAUAAAAUGUUUUAUUAAUUAUGUGAGACCAAGUCAAUUGAUUUACUUUUUUUGGUAUAAGGUGGAGUAGAGAGAUUUAUGACAGGUUUUCAAGAUUUUGUUAUUCUACAAUAAUAAGAGCAUUCCUGGAAUCCCUGCUCUUGUUUUUUCACUUUUGCUGUCCUGAAAGGCUGAUCUAGCGGUAGAGAAUGUUCUGCUUAAGCCACCAAUCUUCUUGUUUCUUUGUGGUCUCGUCAUUCAACUAGGAUACAGCAUCUCCUUUCUUUAUUUAAUAAAUCUUCAACUCUCAUCUGUCAAAGUGUAGCUACCUGCUGCUCCAAUACUUUGAACUUUUUGUCAAGUUCCAUAGUGUGCAGUUGUUAUAAAUAAACACCAAGUUAUUUUCAGGCAGGAACACACACAUGCCAUAAACAAAGCACCGCAAUUGUAGACUUCUCUCUGUUCAUCUAAGUUUUUAUUUUUUCAGAAACUUUCAUUUCUUGUUCUCCUUUUAGGCUCUCAAUUCACCCUACUGACAGGAUGGAAAAACUUGUAGCUGCUUCUCCUUUGUUAAACCCCAAAGUAGGCAAAUCAAAGAAGCAAGAAUCACACAGAUUUUAAUUCCUGACUCCAAGUUGAGGACUACCUGUAAUGUGGUCUUUCUUUGUAACUGUCUCCUCAGUUUAAUAAAUUUUCAGUGCUUAAAUCUGGAAAGAUCUGCCAGAAACACCCCUAUUUCUUCAUCAGUCCCUAAAAUGGUUGGGCCUUUGUGAACACUAUCAGUUUAAAUUACAGAUGCUGACUUUCUAGUUUGUGUAUAUAAGAAUGCUUGCUUGUUUGAAUAAUAUCAUUUCAACUGAGGGGUCCUUGGUGCUCUCUGAGCUUGGUUGUUUUCUUGCAAACGGUUCAUUACCCACGCUAAGUAACAUCAUUAGUACAAGUAUUUUGAUGAUUGCACUGAUGAUACCUAGUUUGGUUAAUUAAAUAUCUGCAAGAAAACAACCGAAACUUCACCAGAACCAAUGAUGUUAUCUAAUUUGAGUACUAAAAUGUUUUCAAGAAAAUAUCCACGCUCAGAUAGUUUGCAGCCGCCUCAUGGCCUACCCGCUGACCUGACCCGUGCCACCACUGCUGUUGCCACCUCAUGGUUGAAGCAGCCUGCCUGUUGCUCUUGCAGCGCCUUGCACAGCACAGUGAAAUUUAGCACACUUCACAAUGGAGACAGGGUCCCUCCUCCUGGAGCCCAUUACAACACGGAGCCACAAUGCGACCCUGCUUCACUCGCCCCUGGUAACAGUGGUGGUGGUGCGGGUUGGGUCAGCCAGCAGGUCAUGAGGCAGCUGUGGCGGAAAACGCAGCAGGCCAGUGUCUCGGGGCAGAGAGCAGGUCGCGUAUCUCCCCGAGUGACGAGGCAUGCCCAGGAGCACGAAUAAAGGCCAGAAGUAGCCAUCUGCUGUUUCCUGCUGCAAAAAUCUUUUUAACAACCUGACUGUCAGGCAGCGAUACCCAGCAAGAUAUGAGGCACUGGAGAAUCAGACCGGGCUGCUUCUCUUCACCGCAGUGCUUCCUGGACACGGCUUACAGCUCUGAGCCCGAACCAGUGGGAGGCAAGGGCUGCUUUGAGCGCAAAUGUACCCUGAUGAAGGCAGAAUGCUGUUGCUACGCAAAGGCAAGUACAGAGGCACUUUGCUCCCGCAGUAAGGCUCUGGACAUUGCCACCGCCACUUUGGCCCACCUGCACUCCCCCCCAUCUUGCUGUGACAUCGAGUUGCCACACCCACUCAGUCACAUGAAACCCCCCAGCCACGCUUAUCCAGCUGGUCAUUAGGGAGAACCGGUUGUUAAAUUAAUUGAAUCCCAUCACUGAAUAUAAGUAAUGGCCUGCACUUUGAUAUAAGGCUACUAUAUAUUAUAUACUAUAUUAUUAUAUUAUGAAGAGCCAUGGUGGCGCAGUUAGAAUGUAGUACUGCAGGAUAUUUCUGCUGACUCCUAUCUGCCAGCAGUUCGAUUCUCACCAGCUCAAGGUGAAUUCAGCCUUCCAUCCUUCUGAGAUCGGUAAAAUGAGGACCCAAAUUGUUGCGGGCAAUAGGCUCACUCUGUAAAAUGCUUAGAGAGGGCUGUAAAGCACUAUGAAGCGGUAUAUAAGUCUAAGUGCUAUUGCUAUUAAAAUAGUAGUAUAAAUUGUCUAUUGUGAACGUUGGGCUCUGAAAAAUAUUAAGUUACCACAAGGGUAUCCUCCACCUCAGUAGACACUGCAGCUUCCUGAUCUUGAGAGUGGUGUGACGAUAGGUACAUUAUCCCAGUAGCCCAAUUCUUCAUGCCACAUAAUGAGAGGAAAUAAGUGAGCAGAACUUUACCUUUCUCAAUCUGUAGACUGAACCCUUUCAGGCAUUUGUAGCCUGUUGGCAGAGUGCCCCAUUUGCUCGCUGAUUUAGAAUGUUAAAAGAGUCCAUUUUUUAUCCAAUAUUUCUUUAACCUUCUCGCUCCAUAUUAAUUAUGAAAAAAGUCCUUUUUCUUUGAAAGCUAUGACAUUAUUAACAUUGAUCUAUUAAGAAUUAAGAAUCUCCAGAACUCUCCUUUUUCCACAGAAAAAUUCUUCCACAGAAAAAAUUAAUUCCGCAGGUUAAUUCUUUGAAAUAACUCCUCCUUUCUGGCACUUUCAGGUAUCACCUUUUUUAAAAAAAAAUGCAACAUCUGCAUUCCUCUCCAAUUCCAACCUUAUAAAUAUCUAUCCUGAUGUUUGUGCAUGUCUUUUAAGUAUGACUGAUUUUCCUGUACCAUAAUUCUGCUUUGAAAGGCUUAUAAAUGCAGGUUUAUUGCUGUAUCACUUCGCUACAAUGUCCAAAAGGAUUUUUUUUUCACGUUUUGCAAUUGAUUUUCCAUUAGCACUGUUUGUCAAAAAGUUUUUUUUGCCAAAACACAGGAAAAAUUUAUGCAGACAAACUGAUAAGACUGGUUAGACAAUUACAUACCAUAAUCAUUAUUGACUGUUAAUGGCCAUAUAGAUGCUCCAUGAUGCUCUUUUUCUAACUUGCUCUUUCUGAUUUUCCAGUGCUACACUCACCACUGUAACUGAGCCCAUCUGCCUUGCAUACAGUAUAUAGAUUAAUACUUGCAAAUAAAUGAAGUGGAGGGGGGAGAACAUACUAGUAAGCCUUUUUUUUGUGGGGAGAAGGGAUAUGAAUGGGUUUUUCGUAACUCAGUACUUGAAACACUAAGGCAGAACACUUGUUGACAAGCUUGAAAAAACUUUAAAUAAUAUGUAGCUUGGAAACAACUAGGAGACGCACUGAUUCGUGAACCUGGACUCAUAAUAAUACUAUACAGAUAGUCCCCAGUUAAUAACCAUAAACAGGACCAGAAUUUCUGUUGCUAAGCAACAUGGUUGUAAAAUGAGAUAUUAUGUGACCCCAACCCUGAUUUUUAAUGGCAGUUCCAGUUGCAGUUAUUAGGCAUGAUGUCACAUAAUCAUCAUUUGAGACCUUCUGCUGGUUUCCCCAUUGACUUUGCUUAUCAGAAGCAGGCAGUGAAAGUUGCAAAUGGCAAUCAUAUGACCGGACGCUGUGACCAUUGUAAUUGUGAGCCAUUUGCUAAGAGCCCAAAUUGUGAUGAUUUGAUUGCGAGAAUACUGGUACAGCUGCAAUUUUGAGGCCUGGUUGUAAGUCUCCUUACAAUAUUCAGCACUGUUACAACUGUUAACGGUUGCUGAACAAAUGAUUAUUAACUGAAGACUACCUGCAAAUAGAUUUUAAUGACUAUAUAUUCCUAUGAAAAUCAUCUAGUUCUGAAAAUGAUAAAGGCAACUUCUAAUUAACUGAAAUGCUUGUUGAAAGAAAAAUCAGGUCUGUUUCCAAGUCGGGAGAAAGAUGCUGAAAUAAAAUGGAGGUAGGCUGCAGGAAAGGUCUCUGUUGGCUUGGUAGCCAGAAAUUUCAGUGACAGCAGCAUAUUUCUGGGGUGGCUGACAAAAUGAAGUAGAGAGUAGGUGGGGUUUUAUAAAUUCUUUGGGGUUUUGUGAUUUUGAUGCCUAUUCCUAUGUAAGAAUAUGUCCUUUAAUUUAAUGGCUAUUGCCAGAUUCUGAUGGGAUCAUGUAGGGGUUGUGCCUGGCUGUACAGGCAAGAGAGGAAAUGCAAAUUCUGUGGGUGUUUUGUUUGAGCUAAUCUUGUCAGUUUGGGCUCCUUGCCUAUUUUGUUGCAUAUUUGGUGGAUGGAUGCAAAAUAUCCAUUUCUAAAGACUAGCCUCUUCAAGCUUCUGCUUUAAGCUGUUUUCCUAUGGCAGGAAGACUGGGGCUACUUUCUGCCUUUGUUAAGAUUUUUCUCCUCUUCUCCUUUAGGAGAAACAUUCUAUCUUUUAAUAUCCUGUAGAAUAUAUUUAUUCCGGGGGGGGGGGGCUUCCCACACAUUUAAAUAUUAUAAGGGCCUGAAGAAUUAAUAGACUUCAGUGAGAAUUUUAUGCAUUUAUUUGUAUAAUUUAUCCCGUACCUCAAUCCUAAUGGGCUCAAGGCAUUUCAGAUAAUACACAAAAUAAGUAAUACAAUCACUUUAAUGAAUAAACCUAGUACAGUAAGUAAGUAAAUCAAAAGAGUCGCAUGUCCUUGUUUUUCUUUUUUCCAGUUAAGCAGUGGCAUUUUCCUGGUCAGAGGGACUUUGGGUCAAAAUGUUGUAUGCUUUGCAUAUUGAUCUUUUCCCCAUCUCUGUUUCUAUUUCUCCUCCCUGGUUCCCUCUUUGUGCCCACUUGACUUCCUACUAUUUAAUUCCCCACAGAACAUACUCUUUAACAAAGAAAUUCUAAAUUUCUUUGAACCUGAAUUUACCUGAAUUUAAGGCUUCUAUGGUGCUGCAUCCUGGCCUUAUGCUGAGAAAUCCUAGCAACACCACUGCUGGUUUCAGAGAGACAGAAUUGAGGGUUGCUACGUGCUGCUUCCUCUUCUUACCCUCUCAGAGCAGCACAGCAGGAAAUAUUUUAUGCACUAGGUGCAAUCCUCAUUACAAUUGCUGCCCAAAGAGAGAUUGCAAGGGAAUAAAUGACAUGAAGUAGCUGCUCCUUCAAUCUUCUGUAUGUAUUGCUAAGUGAAGGUAGCGAAAGAGCCCAAAGAGGGACAUCCUUACCCUUUCUAGACCACACUGAGGUCUCAGCAUCUUCUGUGGCUUCUGUAAAUAAUAAGCAAAAAAGGGUAAAGGCACUUCUUUGGCUUGCACAUUUCCCUGCUAUAAUUGUUGAAAGUCAAGAAACCAAGUCUGGUAUUAUUGACUGUUUAUUGUUUGCAUUAUUCACUCAAUCAAUUUAUUUAUUUAUAUGUUUUAUUACUAAAUUUGUAUGCUGCCUAUCUUGGCAAAGGUAACUGUUAUUUUUAUAAGUACAAGUAGUUUUCAACUUACGACUGCAACAGAGUCCAAAAUUUCGGUUGCUAAAUGAAACAUUUGUUAAGUGAAUUUUGCCUCAUUUUACAACUUUUCUUGCCAUAGUUGCUAAGUUAGUAACACAGUUGCUAAGUGAAUCAGGCUUCCUUAUUGACUUUGCUUGCCAGAAGUUCACAUGACCUAAGGACACAGCAGCUAUCAUAAAUAGGAGUCAGUUGCCAAGCAUCUGAAUGUUGAUCACGUGACUAUGGGGAUGCUGCAAUGAUUGUAAGUGAAAAACAGUCAUAAGUCACUUUUGUCAGUGCCGUUGUAACUUUGAAUGGCCAUUAAAUGAACUAUUGUAAGUUGAGGAUUACCUGUAACUCAAGGCAGCAAACAUACCUAAUAGUCUUUCCUCCUAUUUUUCCCACAACAAACUUGUGAGGUUUUUUGGGUUGAGAGAAAAUGGCCCAAAAUCACCCAGCUGGUUUUCAAGGAUUCCUGAGCACUCUAUAAAACCUAUUAUUUUUUGUU